CGCAAAUGAUGUUUUGUAUUUUUUCUAAAAUGCGAUAUUCCACAGCGCGCGACCUAAAUUGAAACCCAAUUGCAAAAGCUUCACCCCUCACUGCUUCAAUUCCUUCCUCCAACUUCCUCGGCCUUCCUCGUCCUCCGCCGUCAACCUCGUCCUCCGCCGUCAACCUCCGUCUUCCUCGACCUGCUGUUCGUCUUCCUGCCGCGUCAACCUCCUCUUCGCACAGCUCAUUGUCCUCCAACUUCCUGCUCGUCGCCGCCCCCUGAUCGUCGUUCAACCCCCGGCCUCUUCACAGGUCACUGUCGCCGCUGCUUGCUAACGCCGUCGGCUGCCACGCCGCUGGCCCUCCUCUCUUCAAUUGCUCCAUCGAUUAAUUAGUAGCGUCAGGCAUGGAUGAAGAUCAACACGCAAAUUCAGGUCCUUCUAACAAAUCACCAAAUCAAGUGCCCCAAAAGCAAAAAAAGAAGCCAAGAGGCCCUACAAAAGGAAUAAAAUCCAUGCCCGGGGUUCCAAGAAAAAUUGAAUGGGAUCACUUGGACCGACCCACAGGGAAAUGGGCAACGGAUUACAAGAAUCACAUUGGCGAGAUAAGUCGCGCAAAGGUUUCAAUAUUGAUCAGAACCUGGGAAGAUGUUUCACAAGGAAUAAAAGACACUUUGUGGGAAGACGUCAAGAGAGAAUUUCAUAUCACAGAUGAAACUAAGAAAGAAGUUGUCUUAAAGAGUUGUGAUAAGCGUUGGAGGGAAUUCAAAUCAAGAUUGGCGACUGGUUGGAUUCGGGGUACAAGGAAAAGGCCAAAAGAUGAAAAGAUGCCAUAUGAUUUGUAUAGUUAUAUAACUAAGGAUAUAUGGAAGGAAUUUGUGAAGAUACGUACCUCCGAAGAAGCUGAGGAAAUAAGUGAGAAAGCAAGACAAAGUCAAUCUUUCAACAUAUAUCCUCAUCAUAUGGGACAGAAAUCAUAUGCUGAAAUGACAAGUGAAUGGCAGAGAAAAGGGUACAUUCCCUCAGUUUCUUCGUCAUCUGAAGGUUCCUCUGCGUCUACAAUUUCUUCAAGUUUGCCGAGUAGGACAUGUUUAUGGCUUCUUGCAAGAUCGAAACCAGAUGAGAAAGGAAAUCCUUACUUGCCGGAUGAGGGCACACAAAAGGUCAAAGAAAAUAUUGUAAGUUCAUUUAACAAUUUUGCGUAAUGUUGUGAUUCCUCU